AUGUCAAGCCCAUACCCGCCAGCAGAUAGAGGAAGAAGCUGGUUCAAGUACUUCCAAUAUGAUGAGGGUCGGGACUCACCGAGUGAGGCUCGGAACGUCCUUCUGGUAAUCGCGACUCUCAUCGCGGCCGUGACCUUCCAGGCUGGGGUCAACCCUCCCGGCGGUGUGUGGCAGGACAAUGACAAAGGGCACAAGGCAGGGCAGGCGAUCUAUGCGUCCCAGGAAAUAGCCUUUUACGUGUUCCUCGUAUCCAAUACACUCGCCCUCUCCACGUCGAUCCUCGUCAUCGUCUCCUUGACCUAUCGGUUCCCUUUCCAUUUCGAGGUGUGGGUGGCCACGGCCUCGAUGAUCGUGACCUAUGCUUCUGCCAUCUUCGCGGUCACGCCGAACGAGUCAGUGAGGUUCCGCUAUAUCUUGGUCGCUGCAGGAGUGCCCUUCGCCGUCCGGACUUUAAUUCAGAUAUGUAAGAAGCUUAGGAAUCGUUAG